AUGAGGAUCGCCAUAUUGCGGCAGGUGGUAGUGAGUCCUCUUGCGUUUGCAUUGCUUGGCGGCUUGGGCACGACCUUGGCGGCGCAGGACGACAAGACUCCCAACGGCUCAUCUGUAGUCCAUGCGCCCCAAGAGACCGUGGUUGAGAUACGCCAUGUCGACCUUGCGCUCGAGCAGUCAUUUCAGGUCGCCGAGGCAUCACGACAUGAUGUUGAAAAGGAAAGGCUAUUGUCGAUAAUGGCCCGGGAUCAUGGGACGUGGUCGCCGAAUCAUCCGCGUUAUCGCCUUCUUGACGCGCUCCAUGGCUUCUCCAAGUAUUACGAACGGCAGCGGACUGACGUUGACCGGCUGCGAGGCUUGUACAAGUAUGCGUCCGAAUCUCAGAAACAGUUUCUAGAAAAGCACCUGGCCUACUCUUCCAAAUUCAAAGCGGUUGAGCAAAAGCUGGCCACGAAUCAGCAUGUCUGCGAUGACAUUGUCCACGCCGCCAUGGAAUUCUACAACGUUGGGAUGAAGGAGCUCAGAGGCCACAUGGCGGACAGAGAAGCUGAGGGCAAGCACGCAGACAAGAUCUCUGUUUCCCAGUCGCUGAAACACAUUGUCCGCGACUGGGCGAGCGAAGGGUCCAACGAGAGAAAUGCAACGUUUGCCUGUCUUGCCGGUACACUGCGCCGGCUGUUUCCCGAUCGGAACCUUUUGGAAGAGCAUGUGCGCAUAUUGCUGCCGGGGGCUGGCCUGGGCAGACUAGGUCACGACAUUGGCCAACUUGGGGGUGAGUCUGGCGUGUCCCACGAGAGUUUUCUGCAACCUUCUCCUUGUUUUGUCUCUAAAACCGGUCCAGGAUUCGACGUCACCGUCAAUGAGUGGUCCAUGUAUAUGAACGCCGUGUAUAGAUUCAUCGAGGCCCAAAACACGCCCCUGUCGCAGUCGGUUCACCCCUUUGUCGAUGGCUGGUCGCAUCAUGUGUCGAAUGACAACAUGAAUCGCGCCGUCCCCUUCCCGGACGUACCUGUCGACUCAUCCAGAGUCCUCAUGGUGGAGGGAGACUUCACCACCGAGUUCAAAAACCAGUCGGCGUACUACGACGUAGUAUUGACAUACUUCUUCAUUGACACGGCCAGGAAUCUCAUGUCGUAUUUUGACACCAUUAGCCAUGUCCUCAAGAAAGGCGGCAUCUGGAUCAAUCUAGGACCAUUGCUCUACGGCACCAGUCCGCUUGUCCAACUCAGUUUGGAGGAUAUAAUUGCCGUUGCCAAGGACAUGGGCUUUCAGUUUCUAGAAACGGAUGCCUUUUGCGGAGAGCCCACGUUUUCAGAGCCUACGGUGAGGAGUAUGGAGGCUGUUUAUAGUUUUGACCACAGGGCCUUGACCAAGAAUGCGUACAAUGCACAGUUUUGGGCAGCCAGCAAAUCAUAG